GGAGCCUCAACUGCGAGGCCCGGCGCGCGUCAGGCUCCGUGCGCGCGGUAGCUGGUUCCCGUCUGAGGGAUUGGGGGGAGGGGGUGCUGUCCGCACAGUCCCGCAGCUGCUGCCCCCUCCCUGGGUUGUGCAUACGGGGAGCGCUGGGCUGGUGCCCAUCACUGGAGAGUAAAUAGCCCCUUCCAAUCCCUGCUGAGGCCAGGCUCAUCGGACUGCCAUUGCCAGGACAGCGCGACUUUGGACAGAUGGCUGCUGAGGAAUCCCAACCCCUGUUGAGCUCCAGGAAGCCAAGUGAGCAAUGGCUGCUGCCUGCUGAGCGCUUCCCUGUGCUGGAUGUCUACCUGAGCAAAGUCCAGAACAGAAAGCUCUAUCUGGCCACCUUUGCUGCUGUUUUGGGACCCCUCAGCUUUGGAUUUGUCCUAGGUUACAGUUCACCAGCUAUUCCAGAUCUGAAGAAAAUUAGUGACCCUAAAUUAAGAUUAGACACCAACGAAGCAUCAUGGUUUGGGUCUGUAGUAACAUUAGGAGCUGCUGCUGGAGGAAUACUGGGAGGCUGUAUGGUGGAUAAAGUUGGGAGGAAGCUGAGUUUGAUGCUGUGCUCAAUACCAUAUGUCUCUGGGUUUACAAUUAUCAUAUCCGCCCAGAAUGUCUGGAUGCUUUACAUUGGACGAAUACUGACUGGGUUAGCCAGUGGCAUUACUUCACUUGUUGUUCCAGUGUAUAUUUCUGAAAUAUCUCACUCAAAAAUUCGAGGAACACUUGGCUCAUGUGUUCAGCUGAUGGUGGUGACUGGUAUACUGGGAGCUUAUGUUGCAGGAAUGGCACUCAGAUGGCGCUGGCUGGCUGUGCUAUGUUCUUUCCCACCCUGCAUAAUGCUCGUGUUCAUGUCCUUCAUGCCUGAAACACCUAGGUUCCUGCUGAACCAGAAAAAACGCACUGAAGCUAUGGCCGCUUUACAGUUUCUGCGAGGAUCAGAGGUGGACCAUGAAUGGGAAUGCCGGCAGAUUGAAACCAGUGCUGAGGAGCAGCACAGACUAAGUGUUGCUGAAUUUAAGAAUCCAUCUAUCUACAAGCCAUUUCUUAUUGGUGUGGCACUGAUGUUCUUCCAGCAAGUAACAGGGAUUAAUGCAAUUAUGUUUUAUGCAGAAACUAUCUUUGAAGAAGCUAAUUUUAAGGACAGCAGAAUGGCCUCUGUUGUUGUGGGUUCCAUACAAGUGUUUUUCACAGCUGUGGCUGCACUUAUUAUAGAUAAAACUGGGCGAAAAGUACUGCUUUCUAUUUCAGGGGUCAUUAUGGCUAUCAGCACUGCAGCAUUUGGGCUGUACUGUAAAGUGAUCCUUCCAAACCCUCAGAAUUCAUCACAACCUGGCUUAUUGACUACACUAAAUUCAGCAUCUGUAGGAGCAGAAAACAACCUAGCAUGGUUGGCUGUAGUGAGCUUGGGGCUGUUCAUCACUGGUUUUGCCCUUGGUUGGGGUCCCAUUCCGUGGCUGGUGAUGUCUGAAAUAUUCCCACUUAAAGCUAGAGGAAUUUCCAGCGGUGCCUGUGUCUUAACAAACUGGUUUAUGGCUUUUUUAAUAACCAAGGAAUUUCAUGAUCUUACAGGCUUCCUGACUUCCUAUGGCACUUUCUGGCUUUUCUCUGUCUUCUGUAUUCUAAAUGUAAUUUUUACUGUCCUGUAUGUGCCUGAAACAAAAGGAAGGACAUUGGAACAAAUAGAGGAUCACUUCCGAAGAUCACCUGCGACCUGAGGUUCUUUACCCUGUAGGAAAGUUUUCCUAUUAGGUUACUGUUAGUGUUAUUGCCUAAACUUUUCCAAGAAACAUCCUCUGGAUUAGUAGGCUGCACCUGAAUUCAUGAUGUGGUUAAACAUGGUUUAAAUCAACUUCUAAUCAAUUUUGUUAACUUUGGCAAAAAUCUGAAUUGCAUGGUGGAGAACCAAAACAUUGUUCUCAUAUGCAUGUACGCAUUCAGCUUCUUUCAGGUUUACAAAGCAGCAGGUGGUGCUAAUUCACUGUGAUACAUGAGUUAUUCUCUCCUUUUCCCAGGCCUUGGAGCUUCAUUUGGGCUGUCACUGUUUUUCUCUUUCCAAUGUUCCCUUUACCUACUGUAGAUUAGUUAUGAAGGCUGAAUAACUGCUUUUAAUGGAUUAGCUGGUAUGCUGUUCAUUCUGUCUCUUAUUGCAUGAGCCAGUCCUUUGUGUUAGGGAUUGGAAGGAAUCCCCUCUUCCCUGGCCCGGUGUUUAGCACAGUGUAUGUAGUAUAAAUGAAACCUACUAUUGCCUGAACUGCAUUAACUUCAUACCCUAUUUUGAUUCUUCCACUGUCUUCACCUGUGCUUGUAUGGGUAGUGGCCUGACUAUUGAACAAAGUCCAGGCCAUUGGUGAGUACAAGUCCUGCAACUAAUGCACCAGCCAUCAGCCCUCUUCAGAUGUUUGUAUGCUUGAUAAAUUGCUGAACACCCUCCAAGAGCCCUAAUGUCAGGAGGGGGUUUGAGCACCUCAGGGAAAUAUAUCAUGAUAUUUAGUUGUAAUCUUGUGGGAAAAGCAGGCUAAAAUAGAGCAUUUUACAAUUUCAAAUAAAUAUCUUCAGAAGUGCUAACAUUUGAUCAGACAAUGGAAGAUGUGUUGCUUCUGCUCAGUUUGCCAAACUGCUGAAAAAGCUUCUGGGCCUUGGAAAAAAAUAUUUACUAUACAUCAGAAUGGCACUGUAAAAUUCAGAUACCCUAAUCAGCUGUUCAGUUAUGAGACUGUGGCUGUAUUUACAACAUAUUUACUUCUCUUGUGUGGGAGACUUCUAUCUCAAUACAGUUGGCCAUUGUGACUAGAACCCUAUAAUCAAGACUAGCCCCACCCAGCAUUGACACUACUUAAACCUAUGCUACUUGAACUAUACACAUUUAAGUUACUUGAUGUAGUACUUUCUUAACAGCUGCUGUUUAUACUCUGUUCUGCUUCCAUAA